AUCUAUCGUUCAUAUUUAGUAAUUCAUCAUGGCAGAUACAACGAAGCCAGCCGAACAGAAACCGGAGCCGAAAAAUGACAAGAAAACAGAGGAUGAAAAGGAGCAAGAUUUGUCUGAGGAAGACAAACUGCUUCAGGAAGAGCUGACGAUGCUCGUGGAGCGACUUCAGGAGAAGGACACAUCCCUCUAUCGGCCAGCAUUAGAACAACUGAGACAGAUGAUUAGAGCAUCAACAAGUUCAAUGACCUCUGUUCCUAAGCCCCUGAAAUUCCUCAGGCCUCACUAUGACACACUUAAGGAGAUCUAUGAAAAGAUGGCGGUUGGUGAUAACAAGUGUUUUUGUGCUGAUAUCAUAUCCGUUCUUGGCAUGACUUUGAGUGACAACAAGGACUGCCUGACCUUCCGCUUGCUGGGAUCCAAAGAAGAUAUUGCAUCCUGGGGUCAUGAAUAUGCCAGGCAUCUUGCAGGAGAAAUAGGCCAGGUCUGGAAUGAGACCGAUGCGGAGAAGGACCAGGCCCAGCGGGAGAAGCUCCUGACCCUCGCCAAGGAGAUCGUACCCUACCACAUGCAGCACAACGCCGAGGCCGAGGCUUGUGAUCUUCUCAUGGAGAUUGAACAGUUGGAUCUACUUCAGGAUUAUGUAGAUACCAAUGUGUUCCCCAGAGUCUGUCUUUAUCUCGUCAGCUGUGUUAACUACGUGCCAGAACCGGAAGACUCCAUCCUGCUGAGAACGGCCCUGGAUAUCUUCAGAAAGUUCAAUAGUUACCCUGAAGCCAUGAGGCUGGCAAUCCGGCUGAAUGAUGUUGAACUUAUUGAGAAGAUUUUCACAUCGUGUAAAGACAAGUUGGUCCAGAAACAGCUCGCCUACAUGCUAGGAUCCCAGCAGCUCUUUUUAGAACUUCCAGAGGAGACCGAAGACUAUGAUGAUCUCGUUGAGAUUAUGUCCAAUACUCAACUCAAUACACACUUCCUUGCUCUCGCUCGUGAGCUUGACAUCAUGGAGCCCAAAGUCCCAGAAGAUAUCUACAAGAGCCAUUUGGAAUCAACCAGGCCGUCCUUUGCUCCGAGCGGAUCACAGGUAGACUCUGCGAGACAGAACCUUGCUGCGUCUUUUGUCAACGGUUUCCUAAACGCAGGAUUUGGACAGGACAAGUUGCUUACAGAUGAUGGCAACAAGUGGAUAUAUAAGAACAAAGAACAUGGCAUGAUGAGUACAACAGCAUCCCUAGGGAUGGUUCUAUUAUGGGAUGUUGAUGGUGGUCUCACACAGAUUGAUAAAUACCUAUAUUCAUCAGAAGAUUAUAUAAAGUCUGGAGCUCUAUUAGCAUGUGGCAUUGUAAAUUCGGGCGUGAGAAAUGAAUGUGAUCCAGCUUUAGCUCUCCUGUCUGAUUACGUUCUUCACAACAACAAUGUCAUGAGGAUAGGUGCUAUAUUUGGUCUUGGUCUUGCUUAUGCUGGAUCUAAUAGAGAAGAUGUGAUUAGUCUUCUUCUUCCAGCCUUAGCCGAUACCAAGUCGAAUAUGGAGGUGGUAGGAGUGACUGCUUUAUCGCUGGGUCUAAUCUCUGUCGGGACCUGUAAUGGUGAGGUAACCAGUACCAUUCUACAGACCCUGAUGGAGAAGACUAAACUAGAACUCAAAGAUAACUUUGCCAGAUACCUGGCCCUUGGUCUAGCCCUCACAUACCUUGGUAAACAAGAAGCAGUAGAGGCUACCCUGGCAGCAUUAGAUGUCCUCCCAGACCCUUACAAGGAGUUUGCUAAGAUUCUUGUCGAUGUUGUAGCAUACGCAGGCACGGGUAAUGUACUCAAGGUCCAGCAUCUUCUGCACAUCUGCAGUGAACACAUCGAAGAUGAAGAGGGAGAGGAAAAGGAGAAGAAAGAUGACAAGAAGAAGGAGGAGAAGAAAUCGGACGAUGGCCCAGUAGAUCACACGUCACAUCAAGCCGUUGCAGUGCUCGGCAUCGCUCUGAUAGCCAUGGGGGAGGAGAUUGGUUCUGAGAUGGCGUUGAGGGCUUUUGGGCAUCUAUUACGGUAUGGUGAGCCCGUCAUCAGGCGAUCUGUCCCGCUUGGUCUUGCUAUGCUCUCUGUGUCCAACCCUCAACUACAGAUCCUUGAUACGCUCAGCAAAUUCUCCCACGACCCCGACAACGAGGUCGCUCACAAUGCAAUCUACGCUAUGGGUAUCGUCGGAGCAGGAACCAACAAUGCCCGUCUAGCUGCCAUGCUUCGUCAGCUGGCCCAGUACCACGCCAAGGACCCCUCCAAUCUCUUCAUGGUCCGUCUAGCUCAGGGUCUAACCCACUUGGCCAAGGGCACCCUGACCCUCUCACCCUACCACAGCGAUAGGCAGCUGCUCAAUCAAGUGGCCCUCGGAGGUGUACUGGCUACCACACUAGCAUUCCUGGAUGUCAAGAACACAAUUUUGAGCAAGUCUCACUACCUUGUUUAUGGCCUUGUCACUGCAAUGAGACCGAGAAUGCUUGUAACAUUCGAUGAAGAACUCAGACCUCUUCCUGUGCAAGUCAGAGUAGGACAGUCUGUUGAUGUAGUUGGUCAGGCAGGUAAGCCUAAAACCAUCACAGGAUUCCAGACACAUACCACACCGGUACUGCUAGCCUACGGAGAGAGAGCUGAGCUUGCUACGGAAGAAUAUCUUCCAAGCACACCUAUCAUGGAGGGAUUUGUCAUCUUGAAAAAGAACCCAGAUUUUGAGCAAUGAUUCCAGGGUUUUUCUAAACCAGUUUCCUUUUCUCUUCGUCACUGAGGGAGUGGCUCUUCUUUGAAACAACCAACUACUCCAUUCUAAAGACUGCUUAGUUGUUUGAUGUACAUCGAUCAUAACCAACUUAAUCCACUCAGCAGUCUGUGAGAACAUGGGACCUCUUUUAAUAACCAGCUACCCUAUUCUAAAGACAGAUUGUUUGUGUGAUAUUUAUUAAUUGCAUCCAACUUCUGUGACCUAAAUAUCGAGAGCGUGGCCCUUGUUUGAGACAUCCAGCCACCCUAUUCUAAAGACAGUUUAUUAGUAUGAUAUUCAUCAUACGCAACCAACAUCAUUGACCUAAAUAUUGAGAGGAUUUUCCUUCUUGUUACAAGUUACCCUCUUUUAAUUACGACUAUGUUGUCGAGACAGGUCCCACAUUGACAUCAUGUUGGCAUGAAUGGCGUCAUAUAUGUAUGUCGGACGGUAAAAUCUGAAUAAGUCAGAUUUCUUCGGGCCAUAGAAAUUUGUUUGACCUUGGCCAAAAUUGAUUUAUAAGAUGAAAAAUACUAAUGUUUUACACAUUCUGGUCAGAAAGUAAUUCUAAAAGUUUGGCGAUUAUUUGACUAAUGGAAAGUUGACUUCUCAAUGCCUGUGUACUUGAAUUAAUUAAGGUUCAACUAGGAAAUUAAAGUGUUAACAAUUACUUAGUUCAACCAAGACCAUAAAGAGUCACAACUUUUCUUUGCCAAUAUGGCAACUACCAUCGCAGUAUGGCUUAACAGCCAGUCACAUGCAAGGUUUCCACGAUAGUUGCCAUCAUUGUAAAGCUACAAUUAUUGUAAUUCUUUAUGAAAUGGACGCCUGGUGGGUGUUUCAUAAAGCUGUUCGUAAGUUAUGAGUUAUUUUACGAACGAGUGGUGAUCCUCUCUUGGGGUAAUAACAUGUUCAUUGUUUUUUCUUAGUUCCUAAGAAAGGAUCACUGGCCAAUCAUAAAGUCGCUUGAAACUUACAAACACCUUUAUGAAACACCCAACUGAUCACAGAUAGUUUGCUAAUCAGCAUUAGAUUUGAAUAGAAAUAUGAUAAAACAAAUUCAUCCUCGGUCACUUGUUUUUAUUAUCUUCAACCAGUGCAUUGGGUACCAAUUAUAUAACUGUGCUGGUGCUUCUACAACACGCAUAUUGACCCCCUUGUUCCGAAACAAGAGUCUGGUAUGGACAAUUGGCUACAAAACACUUGGAUUCAAAUUCAUUUCAUCAUGAGCAUUUGACACUCGAACAGAUUUUUGUUUGUUCUAGUCAAAAUUCAUCAGGAUUUUCUCACAAAAAAAUAAAGCACGCUGUUCACUUUGACAGAAUAUGCAGUAUGCUAGAUGAAGCUUGUGACCUUAUUUAUUUUGAUACUUUCUUGAAACUCUUCAAACUUACAGAAGUGUAUCGCAUUGAUAAUUCUAAGAAAGAAGCCUAAUAAUUUGAGAUAAAGAGGUACAAUCAAUAUUUACAAUUGAUGUACCAUUUUAUACAUGGCUUGUAAUAGACUUACUAUGAAACUUGAAUGUUAUGUUAUACAGGUCAUGGAUAUUCAUGAAAAAGCUAGGUUUGUGUAUGGUCCACUUGCAAAGGAGACCAAUAUAAUUAUUUUGUAGAUAUCAACUUGAUAGUAAUGAUGUACAUGUAUUUGUAUUGUCGCAUUCUGAAUAGACUGUUUAGGCAUGAAUAUUCAAACAGAUUAAAAUUGUUUUUGUGUCAAGCACAAA